GGGGGCAGCCCUUUCCCAGGCGGCGGGAGCGGGGGCGGCGUCGCUGUUGCCCUUUUAAGCCGCGGGGCCGCCGCCUCCUGCCGGCAGAGUCGGUUACAAAAGGCAGCAGCCGCUCGGUGUUCCCCACCCAGUUGCUCGCCGAGGCCUCGCGCCCCUCGCCAUUUUCCAGUCGCGCUCGGACGCGGGUUCGCAGCAGCGGGAAGAGAAGGAGGAGGAGGAGCCGCGGGAGCGCGGCCCCGGCCAGCCCCGCGGGGCGGUGGCGGCCGUGACGGCGGCGGCUCCGGGCCGGGCUCCCUUUCCACAUUCCUCCCACCGGAGAUGAAGGGAAGAUGUCCGUGUCAGGGCUCAAGGCCGAGCUGAAGUUCUUGGCGUCCAUUUUCGACAAGAAUCACGAGCGAUUCCGGAUCGUCAACUGGAAGCUGGACGAGCUGCACUGCCAGUUCCUGGUGCCACCGGCGCCGCCGCUCACGCUGCACUGCAACAUCACGGAAUCCUACCCAUCUUCUUCUCCAAUAUGGUUUGUGGACUCUGAUGACCCAAAUCUGACAUCAGUUCUGGAACAUCUAGAAGAUAUCAAGAACAAUGAUUCGCUUCGUCAGCAGUUGAAGUGGUUGAUAUGUGAGCUCUGCAGAUUAUAUAACCUUCCUCAGCACCCGGAUGUUGAGAUGCUAGAUCAGCCACUACCCACGGGCCAGAAUGGGACAGCUGAAGAAAUUACUUCAGAAGAGGAGGAAGAGGAAGAGAUGGCUGAAGAUAUAGAAGACUUGGACCACUAUGAGAUGAAGGAAGAAGAGCCUAUUAAUGGGAAAAAGUCAGAGGAUGAAGGAAUCGAAAAAGAAAAUUUGGCAAUCUUGGAGAAAAUUAGAAAGACUCAAAGGCAAGACCACCUCAAUGGUGCCGUGUCUGGGUCAGUGCAAGCAUCAGAUAGGCUUAUGAAAGAGCUCAGGGACAUCUACAGAUCGCAGAGCUACAAGACAGGGAUUUAUUCAGUGGAACUCAUAAAUGACAGUUUAUACGACUGGCACGUUAAACUACAGAAGGUUGACCCUGAUAGUCCUUUGCACAGUGAUCUUCAGAUCCUAAAAGAAAAAGAAGGCAUAGAAUAUAUUUUGCUUAACUUCUCUUUUAAGGAUAACUUUCCAUUUGAUCCUCCAUUUGUUCGAGUGGUGUUACCUGUUCUCUCAGGAGGGUAUGUGUUGGGUGGAGGAGCAUUAUGUAUGGAACUUCUCACAAAACAGGGCUGGAGCAGUGCCUACUCAAUAGAGUCAGUCAUCAUGCAAAUAAAUGCCACCCUAGUCAAAGGCAAAGCCAGAGUGCAGUUUGGAGCAAAUAAGAAUCAAUAUAAUCUAGCAAGAGCCCAGCAGUCCUAUAAUUCCAUUGUACAGAUACAUGAAAAAAAUGGCUGGUACACUCCUCCAAAGGAAGACGGCUAAACGUGUUGACUGUAAUAUUUGGACCAAUGUUGCUUUAAAGAAAAUCUUUCAACAUGCAGACACAAGCCUUGAGUGCCCUAUGACAGCAGUACCGAAGAUGCUAGCUCAUACAUUUAGUGGAUACUGUGCCAACUGACAUCCAGUAUAACUUACAGUCUUCUCAUUUUGCUCUCUUUAGGUAUCCUGGACUGAGCAGUGAGGCCUUUAUUGUAUUUUUUCUGAUAAAUACACAUACUGGCCACUCCUUAUCAUCUCUUUCUUGAAAAGUGAAAUCUUUUAAGCAAGCAAGUCAGCGUCAGGUUGUUACUGUGUGACUUUACAGUGACUUUCCUAUAUUGAAUUUAUGGGUUCUGAAAGUUUGCAAAAUAUUGUUCCAUUUAGAGCCAAUAAAAGUUUAAAUGAUGUUCAGUACUGGUUUAGAAAAUUUUAGAUCUUCUAAACCACAGCCUUUUCAGGUCUAAAAACGUUUUAUUGCCAAAUAAUGACAGGAACCUAUUCAUUAAAUUGUUAAACUGUUUUUUUGACUGUGUAAAGAUGUGAACUGUAUCUUGAAAACAUGCUCUUAAUUGAGUUGUACUGUUCGUAGGCAAAGCAAGGCAAGGCACUGCCACUUAUGGCUUGUGAGUUGUGAUUUCUACUGGGCAGCAGAAUCUUGCUGGGCUGAAUCAGCUUCUUGUUGGUUCAGUAUUUCCUUUGAAGAAGAACUUGAAGUUAUUUAAAAUACUAAGUCAUUUUACCUUUACAUUUUAUUAACGGGAGGUUGCAAUUAUUUGUAAACUAAUAAACUUAUAAAGUGAUUGGCCUGAAGACAGAUUUCUUGAGCAAAACCUACAUGGUUAAGUACAACAAGAAUACCCAGUUUGGAUACUUUUAUUUUGCUAUAGUCCUAACAGUGGUUUUACAGGCAGAGACUAAUAGGAACUCUAAUAUGUUAAUUUUUUUAUAAAACAUGACACAAAUCAAUGUAUUUCCAAUUUUAUUGCCUUACCUGAAUCACUCCUCUUUGGUUGGUAAUAGAUUUUCUUUUAUAAACCUGUUUGAUUUAAAAAUGAAGUGUAAUUAUUAAGCACUUUUCAAAAAAAAAAACCCAGAAGCACAUUUUCCUGCACAAACCUCUUACAGAGUUCCAAAGUGUUUCUUCUGCAGUUGCUGUAAGACUUGCUCAACUUUGUAAAACAUACCCAAGAGACUUGGCACCUCCCCAUUACUGUGCGCUUCAUUUCUUUUGUUUUGGUUAAAAGGACAGUAGAUAGAGAUUUUUCUGGCAUUCUUGCUCAUUUGGUCACAUUUAGCUAGAGUUCUGAUUUUGCCAUUUCUCUGACAACAUGUGACAAGGCAGAAUUUUUUUAAAGCAUUAAAAUUCCUUAAGCCUAAGGCUAAAUCUUGAAUAUAUUACUGAAUUCUUUAUCCUGGUGGCUAGCAAAUUGAUAGCUACACAUUUGGCAUGCUUUGUUUUUUGGAUUUUAUUUUUCAUUGCAGAUUUGUUUGGCAAUGUAUAGUAAAUUUUGUAAACUUGCAUCAAGUUUAUGAAUAAAGAACCAUUUAAAAAUUACUUUGUUACCUUUCCCUCACAAGAGAUACUAUGCUUCAGAUGUCUGUAGGCUCUGUUGAAUUUCUGGAGUAGGUUAUUUAAAGAAGGGUGGGAUGUUGGAAGGCUUGAGAGGAAGAGAGGCAGAUUUAUUAAAUAAGAAAAAAUUAGAGAAUCAAGAAAUCGUGUGUAUAUGCCUCGUAUACUUAGCUUUUCCCCAACCUUUUCUCUCAUCCACACUCAUUCUCUAGUAUGAAUCCAAGUGCCAUUUCUUCAUGGCUGUCCCUA